GUUUAACUGUCAUGUCUAGAAGGUAACCCAUGAGUUGUGAAACUCUCGCGAGAUUGUUAAGAAUAGACAGGUGGUAGUAGCAGUGAGUCUCGCGAGAUGUUAGCCAGAUUUCGGGUUGCCUUCUAGACAGGACCUGAUUAGCUCACAGCUGCAGAGGUGAGAUGACCUCCUCCUCCGGCCUCGGCCAGUCGGCACCUCUCCUCCCAAACCUGGAGCCUGGGAUGGGGAAGUCUGCAGCCAUGCUGGGGUUGUCUGCUGGGUUGGGGGGAGCAGAGAUGGAGCUGCAGAAGAGGCUAAUCGACGAGAGGAUGAAGUGCGAAAACCACAGGACCAACUACCAGACACUAAAGGCUGAACACGCCAGCUUGCAGGAUGAGUUCACCCGUUCGCAGGGUGAACUGAAGCGUCUGCUGAGCGACAGACAGGCUCAGCAGGAGAAAAUGCAGCUGCUGUUGGCGGAGCUCCAAGGAGACCUGCUGGACAAAACCAGGGAGCUGGAGGAGCUGCGACUGCAGGUGAUGACCCCUCAGCGGCUGGAGUUGCUCAGAGCUCAGGUGCAGCAUGACAUGGAGGCUCCGGUCAGAGAGAGGUUCAAUAAACUGGAGGAGGAGACAGAGAAGUACAGAUCUGAGUACAACAAGCUGCGGUACGAGUCCACCUUCCUCAAGUCCCAGUGUGACCACCAGAGAGAAGAACACGCUCAUAAACUGGAGGAGAUGAGGAUCCGCUACGAAGCCGAGAUCUGUCGUCUGGAGAAGGACAGGGAGGACCUGUUUGCUCAGUACCAGGGUUCAGACCCACUGCGUGAUGGGAAACGAGUGGAGGCUCUGCUGAGGGAGAAAGCUCAGCUCCACCUGCGGCUGAAGGGCCUGGACGCAGAGGUGACGGAGCUUCGCGCCCAGAAAGAUAACUCUGGCCAGCAGGCAGAGAGCGUCCAGCGCAUCCAGAUCAGACAGCUGACGGAGUCUCAGGCUGCAGUGAAGUCGCUGGAGGCGGAGCGUCAGUCAUUGCGUCUGCAGCUGGAGCGGAUGGAGAGCGAGCUUCAUCUGACACACGAGCAGAACAGCCAGCUCACCGGACGACUGCACAAAGCUGAGAGAGAGGUCAACUCUCUCACCUGCCAGAUUGAAAGCCUGAAGCAUUCACAUAAACUGGAGGUGGCGAGCGUCAAACUGGAGUGUGCCCGCUCUAAAGGGGAGUUGGAGAGGGAGAGAGACACACUGCAGGGGCUGACUGACGGUCUGCAGGCAGAUGUGGAGGUGUUGAAGGCUGCGGUGGAGCGACACAAGGAAGUUCUGAUGGAGAAAGAGCGAGAGCUGGUGAGGAAGGUGCAGUCUGCCCGCGAGGAAGAGUUCCGCAAAACUGCAGCCUUGCACGAGGAAAAGUUGGAGGUUGAGAAUCAUCUUGCUGCUCUGGAACAGCAGAGGGCGCUGCAGGACGCUGCAGAUUUCGCCCAGAAGGAGGAAUGGGAGGAGCGUCUUCGCAGCACCCAACAAGGAGAAGAGUCAGCCCGCAGGGAAAUGCAAAACCUCAGAAGCAAACUACAGCAGCAGAGCUCACAGCUUGAGGAGCUCGAGAGACAGAAAGCAGAGAUCGCCGACCUACAGCAGCAGAACCAGGAACUGGGUAUCCAGCUGGGGACGCUGUCUCACUCUGAAAGUGACCUGAUGGAGACGAACCAGCGACUGAGAGAAACACUGGACAGGGUCAGGGAGGAUCUGAGGACGGCCCGAGCCCAGGCUGAGAGGAGCCAACACGAAGCAGAGAGGCUGGUGGAGGACCGUCGGGUCGAGUGGUUGGAGGAGAAACACAAGCUGCAGGAGCGAGACGCUGAGCUGCAGCAGAAAUACUCCCAGGUCAAAGAGAAACUGCAGAGGGCAGCGGUGGCCCAGAAGAAGAGAAAAACGCUGACAGAGAACAAAGAGAAGAGGCUGCAGGAUAAGAUCCAGUUGCGGGAGGCCAAGAUAGAAGAGCUGGAACUGGAAACUGCUGCAGCUAAGAAACGUUCAUCGUUCUCAGAGGAGCAAGCUCAACUCAACCGACGGUUGAAGGAGCUGCAGCGACGACACAACGAGUUUCGACGCCUCCUAUUGGGUGGCCAGGGUCCCUACAGCGCCGGCCCCGCCUUCCUGACCUCCGCACACGCACCCAACCCCUUCCUCCUCCUCGGGCCUGAGGGGCCGUUGGCCAACAUACCAGAGGAGCAGCAUCAGAGAGAGCUGUCUCUGCUCCGGCGGCGGCUCGAGGACCUGGAAAGCGCCCAGCAGCAGCAGCUGGAGGAACUGGGAUCUCUAGUGCAGAGGGACCGGGACUCCGCCCACCAGCCUGACCUCUGACCCCUACUUCACAUUGGACUUGCAUUUGAAAUACAAAGCGAGAUGAGGCUUUUCACAGUUUGUACGUCCCGCCCUCGCGUCUUAGUCCCUCCCACCUGAGAUGCGAGUGGAGUCAGGGUAACAGGUAUUUAACAAAAUGAGACAUUCGUGCUUUGGAGCUGUCAAUUUAAAGCAAGAUCAAUUAAAUGUGACGUGUGGCACGCCCUUUUUUUAUACGUGCCGAAAAGACUUCCGCAAUGGAUACAACUGCAUGCUCGCUCAUAGUUCUGACGCAUUUUAGAUGGAUUUCCGGGUCACAGGCACGAGGGCGCACAGUAGAGCAACAGGUGUCCUGUUUGUCACAUGGAGGACGCCUGUGGUGUUUUUAAAAUAGCAUAUUUAUUGGCGUAUUUACAUCUAAAUGGAGCUAUGGGAAUGGAUUUCGCUAGCGUUUACAUGCGUCUCUAAUGUAAUUUGAAAUGCUGUAGCACCUUUUUUAAAACUGACCAUGACAUCCUCAGGAUUUGUUGUUUACAGAGGUUUGCUCUGAAGCCACUGUGGAAAAAAUGUUUUUAUACAGAGGAGUUGAUAAAAAGAAUUGCACAAUGUU